CGAAGUACUGCAGGACCACUUCUCCACAAUCCACACGCGUUAUGCCGGCUGCUUUUGCCUUCCCGAUUCGAAUAGUCUCCACGUCUAGCAGAAGCUUUCUCAGCCUCGUUACUUAUGCGCUUCGGCAUUGCACGGCGGCGCACAUCUUCGUCCCCAAUUGCUCGCGCCUCUCAUGGCAGAAAACAAACUGUCUUCGGAGUCACUCCUACGAGACAACGACUCGCCAGCUCUAGCGCUUUUGCUGGAAGCAACACAGCCCGAUGGCUCCAACUCGGAUGCCAACCAUGAAAGCGACUCCACUGGGAAAUCCAAAGCCAGCGCUGACCCCACACCGAGCGACCAGAAAGCAAAGGCAUACAAAUGGCUUUCCAAGUCCAGCAAGAGACGGAUUAGAAAAGGGAUGCAGAAGCAAAAGCGGACAAUCCAAGGCGAUCAUGGGAAAGAACGAGCCCCCAGCUCCGCGGAAAGCUGGCUGAGAGAGAUGACAUUUGGGAGGCAACGGAAGGACGACGAGGGAAUGGCGCGGUGGCGACGAAUGAAAGCGGGGAGUGAUUCGUCCCUGCUCAGCGAGUGCCGUGGGCCACUGCACCAAUUCGCUUGCGCUCACCGGUUCCAAGUCCUAUGCCCUUCUUGCGCCGACGCAUGGGAGCUAGGAAUUUCUCGACAGUGCCCACACAAACUUACGGAGACGAAGGAAGCAAAGACAAACCUGUGCUUCGAGCGGCGAUGCCCAGGUUGCAAGAUCCAAUCAUGGGACCAACUCUUCAAAGAGCUCCAUGAACUGGAGCCGGCACUCGACCGUCCCGAAGAUAUUACAUGGACUCUGGCUUCGUUCGAGCCCCUGUAUCUUGCAAAAGGGAGUCUGCGGUCUACGAUUAGGUCUACGAGAAGGCGCGAGUUCUAUCCUGUACAUCGGUUCUUGAGUGUGCUUUGGCCUCUAAAUCGUCGCGUCCCGCCGAAAGAUAAUGGAUAUGUGGUUUUGGGACGCGGGCAAUCUCAAGCAGGGUUCGACGCAGCCGGAUUUGGAAGUUCGGGAAGCUUCUAGGGAUGGAAUUACGCUCGGAAAAUCAUUUCAGGGGUGACCCACUGAUCUAUUAUGUGGCCAGAGCGCCUAACGAUGAGCUGUACAGUCUGUAUAUCGCGCAAGAGCGCGUUCUUCACGGCCGAAGUCUUAUGGUGAACGGUCGAUGACGACUCCGGCACGGAGAAGAUAGUACUGUGGACAUUAGGCAGCGUGAGGACAAGGAGU